UAUCCGAGUUUGACAGGUCAGGUCUGAGGCGGUUGCUAAAGGCGCCCUGUUUGACAGCCAUGGAAGUUUUCCUCUGACAACAUUAGCUCUCAAAUGCCCGCUAUGGCGUCUGUUAUGGAGGACCCGGCCCUGGAGAGACACUUCAAGGGCCACAAAGAUGCUGUCACCUGUGCAGACUUCAAUCCAAACUGCAAACAGCUGGCCUCGGGGUCAGUGGAUAAGAGCCUGAUGAUCUGGAAUCUGGCUUCGAAGGCGAGGGCUUUCCGCUACGUUGGCCACCAAGACGUCAUCACCGGGGCGCAGUUCUCCCCCUCCGGUACCCUGGUGGCCACUUCCUCCAAGGACAGAACGGUCCGACUGUGGACCCCUUCCAUGAAAGGAGAGUCCACGGUGUUCAAAGCCCACACGGCCGCCGUGCGCAGCGUCGCCUUCUCCCACGACGGCCAGAGACUGGUGACGGCGUCCGACGACAAGUCCGUCAAAGUGUGGAGCGUUCACCGGCAGUGCUUCGUCUACUCCCUCAACCAGCACACCAACUGGGUGCGCUGUGCCAGGUUUUCUCCAGAUGGCCGUCUGAUAGCGUCCUGUGGAGACGACCGCACCGUCCGGCUGUGGGACACGUCCACCAAACACUGCAUCAACUGUUUUACUGACUAUGGAGGAUCAGAAACGUUUGUCGGUUUCAACUCAAGCGGCACCUGCAUCGCGUCCUCGGGAGCCGACAGUUCCCUGAAAAUCUGGGAUCUACGGACCAACAAGCUGAUUCAGCAUUAUCAAGUCCACCAUGCAGGAAUCAACAGCUUUUCCUUCCACCCGUCCGACGACUACCUGAUCAGUGGCUCCAGUGACGGCACUGUUAAGAUCCUGGACCUGGCGGAGGGCCGCCUCAUCUACACCUUGCAUGGGCACAAGGGUGCUGUAAUCACAGUCGCGUUUUCCAGGGCCGGAGACCUCUUUGCAUCGGGGGGAGCUGAUGGUCAGGUGCUGAUGUGGAGGACAAACUUUGACACCAAAUCCUACCAGGACGUCCUGCGAAAACACAGCCGGAGGUCCACCCCGGAUCCCCCACCCCACCUCACUGACAUCCACCCCAGAGGACCCCACCUCCACCUCCCAAAGCCGACAGCCAUUCAGAUCAGUCCAACGGUGGCAGACACUCAGUCCACUGAUCCGCAGGUCGUGGAGUUGGGCCAAUCCGUUCACAGCACCACGCUCUUAAACGGGCGAACACACUUGACGCCCUCGCAGGCCGCCGCCAACGGUCACCACUCCAACGGAUUGCCGGCACGUCACGUGACCAGCUCAAGAGUGGGAGGAUGGAUGGGAGACGAAAGUACCAGCAGGGCAGGUGCGCCUGUUUGGAGCCAGACUGGGGAGGGUGGGGCAGGAAGAGGCAGGCGAGAAGAGGAGGAGGAAGAGGAGGAGGAGGAGGAGGAGAGAGGGCAGACGCACACAUUAGAAGUUCUCUCUGGUCAUCCAUCGAGUCUGGACUCUAUCCUGCGACACAUUGUUCAACAGUUGGAUAUUCUCACGCAGACUGUUUCAGUGCUGGAGGAGCGUCUCACCCUGACUGAGGACAAGCUGAAAGAGUGUCUUCUCAACCAAUCCCAGAUUCUCAAGGAAGUGCGAUCGUCGGGAGGACGGAGGAGGACGGCGAGCGAGGAGACGUCCAUUUCCCCUGAGGACCAACACAACGACUGAAGCACAAACACACAGACUGAUGCUUGACCCCAAGACUGCUGGACAUGGGUGUGUGUGUCUAUGUACAUAUGUGUCUGCGUGUAGUUAAAAAUGUCAACCUUAGUGGUCUCUCUCGGGUCAGUGGGUUUACCAGGGUGUGUGUGUGAUACGUUGUCCAUGUCUUUCUUCACCUCUUAAGGACAUCCAGCUCUACAGCCAAUCACAGCCUGGCUGGGACAUUCCAUUUGUGUGUGUGUGUGUUAAUGUACGUGUACAGCUAUCUUUGUGAGGACCAAUGUGCGUUUUAGACCUUGAGAGUGGCGACAUUUUGGUCGGUCCUCACUUUGGGACGGACCUGCAAAAGGCCUGUUUGAGGGUUCACACUUGGUUGGGGUCAGGCAGUUAGUUGUGAUGGUUAAGGUUAGGGUAAGGGGCAAGGGAAUGCAAUGUCAAGUGUCCUCACAAAGAUAGAAGUACAAGGUUAUGUGUGUGUUGAUAUGGAUGUUACGUCCAAUCGGGACAGCUGCAGCUAUAAAAACAGACUGUUGUAUGACCUCUGUGUGUGUGUGUGUGUGUGUGUGUGUGUGUGUGUGUGUGUGUGUGUUUACACGUGUACAUAUUUGUGCAUUAGCACAUUUUAGCAGUUUGUAGCAUCUGCAAUUACAUCUCUGAUUGUAAUCUUUUUUGCAUAUUUGUUUUGUAAUUUUAAAACGUGUUUUGCAUUGCCUCAAAUAUAACUUAUAUGAACAGAUGAUAAACUAUAUCGCACUAAUGUUAUUCGUAUCGUCUGUAUAAGUCGAGACAAAAGCUGAUAAAAACCUGCUUACACUUAUUUUAUUUGAUAAGAGCUAACGUUCACACGUGUCUGCAAGACUUGAAUAUGAAUCUGAAUUUACAUGAAAUUAAACACUUCUGAAUCAUUUCAAUGCCAUCUUAUCUUCAUGGGUCAGAAAUAGUCUUUGUGCUCUGAAUUUGAUUGAGAAGUUGCUGCUGCAACAGACUUUUGUUCUGACAGUUCAUACAAGUAAAAAAAAAUGUCCCAUAUUGAAUCCCAAUACUGCCAGCGAAAUUAGAAAUAAUGUUAAAAGUUGUGGAUAAUAAUUGGAAAUGUUUUUACUUAUAAUUUAUAUAUAAGUAAAUAAUAAUUGACACAGAAAGUCAAAGACGACAUUGUAACUCGCUAUCUAAAGGUUCUCUUGACUUGCAAUUUACCCUAAAUAUGAAGAUGACGGUAGCGGGCUUCCAUACCGCCGUGUAACUCUUGCUUGUU